AUGGAGCGCAAACUAUCAAAGAAGGCGAAGAUGCGCGAGCGUCUGGCGUUUAGUCGAAGCAAUUCCGCUCGAGGCCGCCCACCAACUCUGGUCUCACUUAUCCCCGCCAGUCCAACUGCUCGUCUCCGCUCAGCGUCGAAUCCCGAGUCUCCAAUCCACGAUGCACCGACGUGGGACAGCAGCAACCCCAAUUCCAGCCGGGGUUACAUUUUCACCGAUGAGCCAGGCUACUUCCGCCCUGCAUCGCCGUUUAUUGAACGCCAAGAUAUCGAAGAAGACCUCGAGGCUCACAUCCAGCAUGCAUGCGCUCUGCUAUCGCACAGCAUUGAUCGCGGCAUCCCCGCCGGAUUGUCCUAUCAAAGUGCCAUGCCAGACUGGAGACACGCGAAAAGGCCCGUUGACCGGCUCAGUGUCGAAGCGUCCCCCGGGGAUCAGGAUCUCCUGCUUGUCCCCGGAACCAAACUAAACCAGUCCGAGAUAGAAACCAACAAACACGAUUCAGGCCCUCUCACGGACAAACACAAGAUUCUACAACAAACCUCCAGCCUCACCACCGCAAAGCUCACCCCGAGGAUCCCGCUCCUGCAGCCAAAGCCUCGCAUCAACAAUUCAAGAAGAAGACUCCUGGAUCCGCUCCUACUCCCCCAGCCCAGUAAUCCCCUUCCCUCACAGCCCCCCCAACCCCCAAACCGACCAGCCACCCAACCCCCCAAAGACCCAACCAGCCCUCUAAACUCACCUGAUAAAAGGCUCGAAUCCGUCCCCCAACCAAAACUCAAGCUCAGCAGCCCCACAAACCCAAUCCCCACUUCAGAAUCCUCAACAUCCACCCCGAUCUCCCCACCCAGUCUCGGCGAACCAGGCAGGACCUGGCUCCGUGCAAGCAAAGACAUCCAACAUCUCAUCGACGACAAAAAAACCAAAAAACCCCCAAAACACCAAAAACACCAAAAACCAAAAAUGGCUUCCGAAACUCCCCGCUUCUACAGGACCUGCAACAGGACCACCGGCGCCUUCGACUCGCGCGAAUGGCUGGCGCGUAAUGUCUGGGAAGAUCGCCCCUCGAGCGCCUGCGACGAAGCCUCGCUGGGUUCGUCAGUUGCUGGUUCCAGGCCUGGAACUGCGACGCCUAGAUUAGGCAGUGUGUCGACGAACGAGGAGGAGUUGCCGGGUGGAUACCCGCAGCAGGCGUGGACGGGGAAUGGACCGGGUCGGGGAAUGUCUUACUCGAGUUCGUUUUUGGGAGAUGAUUUUAAGCAUCAGGAGAAUGUUUAUUCGGUGGUUGUGCCCAGUGAGACCCCUCGGAGGAAGAAGGCAGCGCGGUUGUUUAGGAAGUUGACGGGGUUGGGGUUGAGGUUGAAGGAGAAUAUGAGGUAG